AACACUAUACAGUUAAAGGUAUAAGCCUCUCUUGAACUUGAACAGCCCUAAUCAGUAAAUCAGAAAGAAAAAAAAUGGUUAAACCAACAAGCAACAAGGACGCUCAGGCGCUCAUCCAUUCCCUCCGAUCUGCAUACUCUGCUACUCCCACUUCUCUCAAGAUUAUCGAUCUCUAUGUAGGUUUUGCUGUUUUCACCGCUGUGAUCCAGGUGGUUUACAUGGCUGUUGUUGGAUCAUUUCCAUUCAAUUCUUUUCUUUCAGGAGUACUUUCUUGUGUAGGCACAGCAGUACUUGCUGUUUGCCUUCGCAUCCAGGUGAACAAAGAAAACAAGGAAUUCAAGGAUUUACCUCCAGAGCGUGCCUUUGCUGAUUUUGUUCUCUGCAAUUUGGUGCUCCAUUUGGUGAUAAUGAAUUUCUUAGGUUAAGUUGAGGUUAUUGAAGGGAUAGUUGUAGUCUUUGAGCAGUUUGAUGUCAACCAUGCACGAAUUUUGCUUUGUCCGGAACUGAUUAAUUCGGCAUACAUAAUUGCUAGAUUGGAGUUAGAAUCUCUGAUAUUUAAAUGUUUAACAGAAAACUUUAUAUAUAAGACUUGGUGUGACCUUACACCAACCUUUUGUAUCA